AUGGAAAAGGCAACACUGUCCUGCGUCCAGAGAGUCAUAUUCGUUCUUUUGUCUACUUAUUUAUCAAAAGGUUCAGCACAGCAGAUUCACAAUGUGACCAUCGACGACCAGACGGGGGACGCUGUCACUAAAGCUCUGCCAACAUACUUCCCAAGCGGUAGUACGGACUUCUGGCUACAAGGCGCAGAAAACAAAGCUUGUGUUCUCUGUCCUGAUCCAGCACAGGCAGUUGGAGGGACAUGGCAUGAUGCGACGUCUACACCUGAUAAACCUCGCUCUUUUUCUGCCACUUUUGUUGGCUCAGCCGUCUAUGUGUAUUUCAUCCUACCGAACACAUCCAAUGAUACCGACCCAACCAAUGUCAGCUUCCAGCUUGAUGGAGAGACUGCUGGUACAUUCGCACAUACGCCAAACCCGGCACUCCAGAGCUUUCAGUACAACGUACCUGUGUUCAUCAAGAUGGGCCUUGAGAACACGAGCCACAGCCUCUUAGUGUCGAUGUCUCCGACACAACAAACGAAUAUUCUGUUCGAUUAUAUUAUCUAUUCGUAA